UGCUGGUGAGUGUAUUCAUGAAAUUCUGACCUCCUAUGUAGAAUGCCCUAUACGUUAUCGACAAUUUUGGGACACCGCUCAGUACAAUUCUUAUCUCCCGUAUUUUGCUAAAUAUCCAAGAAACGGCCCGAGCCGCGCAGAGGGAGCAAUCCGAUACUCCCUCGUUUGUGCGUUCAGGCCAUGGCGUGCAGACUGAAGCGGACACAGCCUUGUGGUCCCUUCUGAUGCCUCAAACAGCGACCCUGCAAUCGGCCCAGAGACGGAACCUUCCGUAGCCACCGCCAACCAGGCAAACGGUGUUGCGGACGAGGCAAUGAUCGCCGGACCUUCGAAUCAACGCCAUCAUCGCGAAAUACAGGAAGUUGAGGCACCCAUGGAGGCUGGACCCUCUGGACAAGGCCGCGAGAACGAUGUGGAGCAAGGGCAGGCGAAGAAAGAGGCCGCAGAAGAUUGGGAGGAAGAAGAUGAUUGGGAGGAUGACUAUUGAGGCGAGGAGCUAGAGUUGUUCAUGUGACGUGUUUUGGAAUCUGGUCCGCAAUUCUUUGUUUAUAUCGAAAUCUUCCUAUACUGGGCCGCAGGCAUCCUGGUUCCGUAUCUAUUGGUUUUUGGAAGUUCGGCACAAUUUUUCGCUGUCAAACGCCGCUCAUACUACACGGACUACGCACGCAUCCGGGUUUCUAUUCAUGUACUAAUACUUUGUCCGCCUAUAUAGUCAGACAUGUGCAAUGUUUCUGGCCGUCUUCAAAUCGCUCUUUGUAGGAAGCCUUUCGAUAUCUCGGCUCUAAUUCUAUUAAUACUAUGCUUGGACUAUAUACAG